AUUCUGGGAGUCAGAUUGUCAGCUGACACACUUUGCUACUAUGACAUUUCGGAAAUAGCACCUCUCCUUUUUCAUUCAAAGUCUGAUUUUGGAUUGAAUCAUCUCUUCCAGGUGAAUAUGAUGACAGAUGGAGUCCUUUCGAGGGGGUUUUUUGGAGUGAGCACUUCAGGAAACUUCUCUUCCCUCUGCCCCAAUGGCUCACAAUGGGUCUGGGAAGGUCUCGGGGAAUGUGCCCAGGACGGGAGGGACAUGGCAAGCAUCUACCUCGGCCUCCUGUCCAUCCUCUGCUUCAUGGUUUCUUCUCUUCCGCAGUACUACAGUUCGUGUAAAACGGGGAAUAUGGACAGCGCCCUCUCCAUUUGGUUUCUGCUGCUGUGGUUGGGAGGGGACAGCUGUAACCUGGUGGGCUCCUUCUUGGCAGACCAACUUCCACUUCAGACAUAUACAGCUGUUUAUUACGUUAUAGCUGACGUGAUGAUGCUGGCAUUGUACUUAUACUACAUGACGAAGAACAGAAUGCGGCAAAGCAGGAUGGUUCUGCAUGUGGCGGGGGUAGCCUGCGUCCUGGGCUUCACCUCCAGCCUCGUGCACCUCCCCGGGUCAGGAGCCCAACAGGAAGUUAUUCCCUCAGAGUUCAGAAGUCGUGCCCUGCUCUCAACCUCUGACCUCAGUGCUAUCAAGGCGUUCACCCCUAAAGAGAUUAUUGGAUUCUCCAUCGGCUCUGUGUCCUCCGUGCUCUACCUCUGCUCCAGACUCCCCCAGAUGUACACUAAUUACAAGAGGAAAUCGACAGAGGGAGUGUCUUACUUCCUGUUUGCACUGGUCAUCCUGGGAAACACCACAUACGGCCUGAGUGUCCUGCUGAAGAACCCCGAUGAGGGCCAGGGAGAGAAAAGCUACAUCAUCCAUCACCUGCCCUGGCUCAUCGGCAGCCUCGGCACCCUCUCCUUAGACGUCGUCAUCUCCUUCCAGUUCCUGAUUUACCGCAAAGCCAAAGAGGAGGUCGGCAGCAGUCACGGAGAGACCGCGCCUCUGAUCGGAAGCUAAACCGACAAACCGAGAGUGGGACAUGAUCAGACGCUCUCUUCCAGUGAACCCUCAAAAUCACAUUGCCAACAGAAUCAGGAUGAAAGAACAUUGUAGUCUUGAUUUUCUAGUUAUAUUUAUUAUGCUCUUUUUUUAUGUUUACAAUGUGUUUUUGUCUGCCAAAGUACUGUGACAGAGGAAGUUCUUCACUUGUUUGACAUGGAUGGAAACUCCUCCUGUCAGCCUGAACUUCUUCUCUUUAAUUUUUCGGUCACAGCCUCAAUUUUAAUUUACGUAGAUUACGUAGAAACCUAGCCAGGGCGACCGGACCACACAGAUUCUUCUCUAAAUGUAUCUUGUUUCUUUAACCUGCAUAACACUUUGACAGUUAUGACACUAGCCCUGCAUGAAGCCCAGUCUUACACCAUUGCAGUGAUGGGUUAGAGCGUAAAAUAAUGUUUUGUAAAGCAUGACCAAGUGUAAAUUGUACUCUGUCCAUUUUUGAAUUGAUGUUUACACCAAGUGUUGUAAUCGCAAAAAAAAGUUGUAUUUUUUUUGUUCAUUUUAGAUAUCUUUUAGUUAUACAUUUCUCUUUCUUUUUAUAAAUACAGACACUUGACCAGAUUAGUUUGCACUGGUGAUAAGUCAUUUAACACAGAUUUUCACCACCAUGUUUAAUUUACACAUUUUCGUUUUAUCAUUCUCACAGUUUUGCACAACAAAAGUCGGUUUUGUACUUUGAGAAAUGUUAAUAAAAUGUUCAGUGUGCUGUAAAAAUAAAAAAAAAUAAUAACAUUGAA